GGCGUGGCAGAACAGUGAACACGUCAAAGGAUUUAGUACAACAAAACAAACUCAAUGAAUGAACGAGGUUGUUUUCACACCCAUUCUUCUUCACUGUGUUUGUGUCUUCAAUCAAUAAUCUCACCACAUUCAUAUUCACAAUUCAACACAGACAAACAAACAUGAGAAAAUCUUUACAUUUGCAUGUGGUGGCAUGCCAUAGAACUCUCACAAAAACAUUGCAUUUUCAUUCUUUUUCUUCUCAACGUUCUUGUACUUUUCUUGGCCCCAAUCUUCCUGAUGUUUGGGUACCUAGGGAGGAGAACAGUUCUCCUCACACCCUUUUGCCACAAAAAUUCCAAUGGGCUAAUGAUGGCCAUAGUGCUGCAAUCCUUGAAGGUAAAGCAAUUGCUAAACAAAUAAAAUUGAAAGUGGCCGAUGAGAUAAGUAGGAUGAAGAGUGAGAUUGGGAAGUUUCCUAAAUUGGCUGUGGUUUUGGUUGGUGAUAGAAGGGACUCUCACACUUUCAUUCAUAUCAAGUUGAAAGCUUGUGAAAAAGUUGGCAUUGAAACCGUGGUUUCUGAGUUGCCGGAAAAUUGUACCGAAAAUGAACUGCUCAAUGUUGUUUCCAGUUUCAAUGAUGACAAGGAUGUGCAUGGCAUUGUUGUACAACUCCCUCUACCUCAGCAUCUUGAUGAGGAAAGAAUUGUGAAUGUUGUAAGUCCUGAAAAGGACGUGGAUGGAUUUCAUCCGUUAAAUAUAGGAAACCUUGCAAUAAGAGGAAGAAAACCCUUCUUUAUCCCUUGCGCUUCGAAGAGUUGCAUUGAGUUGUUACUUAGACAUGGUGUUGAAAUCAAAGGGAAAAGAGUUGCAAUAAUUGGAAGAAGUAAAAUUGCAGGGUUACCAACUUCAUUACUAUUGCAGAGGCAUCACGCAACGGUCAGCUUGUUACAUGCAUACACGAAGAAUCCCGAACAAAUAACUUCUGAAGCAGACAUUGUGGUCGCAGAUGUUGGAAUCCCAAACAUAGUUCGUGGUAAUUGGAUAAAGAAAGGAGCUGUGAUCAUUGACUUGGGAACUAAUCAAGUUAAGGAUCCUAGCAGCCAAGUCUUCCGCAUCACCGGAGAUGUUUGCUUCGAAGAGUCAGUGAAGGUGGCAUCAGCCAUUACCCCAGUUCCAGGAGGUGUAGGACCAGUUACAAUAUCAAUGCUUCUCUCCAACACCCUUGAUUCGGCCAAACGUGCAUUUGGAAUGGUUUAAAAGAAAUGGAUUGUUUAUCUUUCUAUACAAGUAAAUCAAAAUCAUCAUUCACAAACCCACUUGGGUUGGUGCAUUGGUCUUGGCUUGGGACCUGGGAGUGUGCUCCUCUUGAGGUCUGAGAUUUGAUUCUCUCUUGUGCCAAUUUGGGUGGGCUAAUUUAGCUUAUUCAAAAAAAAAAAAUCAUCAUUCACAUUUCCUCUUCUGAAAAGCCAAAUAUUCUUUCCUUGAGUGAAUGUGAUUAGGAUGCAUGUCAUGUUAAUUACUGUUUCUUUAAACCAGAUUUUGUUGAGGCUAACUUUUUUUACUAAAAAACGUUAUAUAAACUAGUGGGCCAGGCAGGCGUGGAACGCGCCUCCACGUGUCUAAUUUAUGUCAAAAAAAGUUUUAUGUUAUGGUGAGUUUGUUAAUAAAAGAAUUUUGCUGCUAAAAAAAAGUUGUGUCUUAUGCUAUGGUGGUGAGUUUGUCAAUAAAAGAUCUUUUU